UUGUUUGCUUUCCUGUGUAGUCUGUAGAAUGCGUAGUCGAUAGUAGGAGCCCUCCUUCUGACAACUUACUUAGUUCUUUGCCUUCCUGCGGAGUUGUUUCACGACACUGAUUAGUGUUGACUUAGUUGUUGGUUUGUGUGCCACGUGUAAGCAACAAGGGACGGGACGAAUUACCGCAUAGGCGCGUCGGUGUAGAACAAGUAUUAUUAUUUUCACGGACUCCACAACUCCCCCGCCAUGGCCCAGGAACAGGACUGGAAUAUCCGGGGCUCGUUCGAAUCGCGGCACUGCAUAAAUCCCAUUCGGAAGUUGGUAGACCACGGUAAAUUCCAACCGAAUCCCGACAAGGAGCUCAUAAAACUGAACAUAGGUGAUCCGACAUUCUACAAGAACCUACCUCCAUCACCUGUUGUUAUCCAGGCUGUGACUGAUGUACUGCAAGCUGGUAAAGAUAAUGAUUACAAACGAACACCAGGAAUGGCAGAGGCCAGGGUAGCAGUUGCCAAGAAGUUCUCCUACCCCGUCAAUCCAGUUCAUGAAGAUCACGUCAUCAUAACAUCCGGAUGUGCUCAAGCCUUGGAGUUUGCUCUGACCACACUAUGUGACCCAGGCACUAAUAUUCUCAUUCCGAAACCAGGAUUCUCCCUCUAUAAAGUGAACACUGCAAGUCGGCAGCUGGAAGAUAGGUAUUACAACCUGCUGCCUGAGAAAUCCUGGCAAGUUGACAUAGAGCAUAUGGAGUCGCUGAUAGACGACAAGACCAGGUGUAUUAUUCUGGUGAACCCGUCGAAUCCAUGCGGCUCAGUCUACAGCAAGGAACAUCUGCUGGAGAUCGUGGCAGUUGCGGAGAAGCAUCAUUUGCCCGUUGUCUCCGAUGAGAUCUACGGUGGGGUGGUGUAUGGCGGUGCUGAGUUCCACGCGCUGGCCAGCCUCACUGACCGUGUACCCAUUCUGACCUGUUCUGGUAUUGGGAAAAGAUAUCUUGUUCCAGGCUGGAGGACUGGUUGGCUGAUUCUCCAUGACAACCAUGGCCGAUUGGAAGAUGUGCGUGUCUGUUUGAACAACCUGUGGGCACGUAUCCUAGGAUCAUGCGGACUAAUCCAAGCUGCGCUUCCUCGUAUUCUGAGCGAGGUUCCCGAUGAGUUCUUCCAGAUUACCAACCGACAUUUAGAGGCCACGGCUAAGUUAGCAUAUGAAAAGCUCUCCACUGUCCCUUGUCUGAUGCCGGUCAAGCCACAGGGAGCCAUGUAUAUGCUGUUUGGCAUCAAGGUGGACCAGCUGGAUGGCAUUGCUGAUGAUCUGCAGUUUGCUGAGCAGCUGAUGAGCGAGGAAUCAGUGUUCAUCCUCCCUGGCUACAUCUUCACGUAUCCCAACUACAUGCGUAUUGUCUUGCUGGCACCAGAACAUCUCAUCUCCGAGGCCAUGGAUCGCAUAGCGGCAUUCUGCCAGCGACGCAUGAAGACCAAGAGAGAGGAGUAGGCCAAGGCACCUGGCGUGGUACUGCAUUUGAGUGGUGGUAUUUACGCUCCGACAGCCACACCACCUCUUCUGGAUACCCUAUAUUUUUACCUCGAAGUACAAGUAGAUGUACUUCACUAAGCGAUGAUGAUUCUUGCUUGUUCAAUUUUUGUUAGUAAAAGCUCAAUUCUAUAAUUAUUUCUAUAAUGAAUUAUUAUCGUCUCAUUGGUUCACUAUGACGUAGAAUGUAGGAGAAGUUAGCAUUGUUGCUCUUUGUACGCAUUGUACUAGUUAAUCAUGCGGGUCGCCCCCUGUGGAGUCAUCCUGUCGGCAUGUCCCUGUUGUAUUUGUUUGUAAUUUAUUCUUUUUUCAUUCUUAUUGUUACCGGCCCAGGGCCCUUUCACCCCUCCCCGCUGCCAAGACAACCACCCCCAUUUAUCAAUGUGAAGCUGGACGACAUCCCCCUACCCCCUCCCCAAUCCUCUUAGCAGGAACGGUUGCUAAAGACAUUUUUUAGUGUUAAAAAUUGUCAUCGUCGGUUACGUCCCACCUUUUUCAUAAUACUUCAUAUUCCACCACUUUGCACCUCGGCACUGCAACCGGUUUGCAGCAUUUUGUUGCCCCCUCCCCCAUUUCACUUGUCAAAUUGCACCAAAGUAUUAUUGUAGUCUACAAAAUUGUGCCAAAAAUUAUUGAACUUUGGCUUACAGCCACUGGGAAAUGAAUGUAU